AUGUCUCUAACACCACUUUCCCUAGCAGUUUCUGUGCCCCCGCUAUCAAGCAACAUACUUGGUAUUCCAACUGGCCUUGGGCUUUCUGGGGCCCUCGCCAUACCUACGGCUGCCCCAGCAGGGCUAAGUGCUUCUCUCCCGAAUCCAAACAUCGUGGACGGAGUUAUUGGUGGUCUGGUUUCCGACCUUUUUUCGCCGUUGACAAAGUUCCCAACAUCCGACCUUCUGUCACUACCCGCCAUCUCGCUUCAGACCCCGCCGCCAGCAGCAAGCGCACCGGAUCUCUUGAGCGGUUUACUGUCAGGCCUAAGUGGUGCGCUACCCAGCGUUCUGAACGAUGCCGGUGGCCUGGUUUCUGGAAUCAUCAAUCCCGCCAUCUCGCCCCCAACAAGGGUUCCUGGAUUACUCCCCACGGGCUCCGUACCCACUGGCUUAGAAAGCGUUGUCGGAGGGGUUCUUUCGGAAGUGGUAAUUCCAGCUGUUUCGGCCCUUCCAAAUCUUCCUGGGUCAUUCCCCACGGGCUCAGUGCCUAAUAUCUUGGAAAGUGCUGUAGGGGGGAUUCUCUCUGAAGUGGUGAAUCCGGCUGUCUCUCCUUUGACGAACGUACCUGGAAUACUGCCCACAUCUUUGCAACCGGACCUCGCGGAAAGCGUUAUAGGUGGCGUUAUAUCUGGGAUCGCAAAUCCAAAGCCUUUGUCUUUGACCGACAUUCAGGGGUUGCUGCCCUCCCUUUCACAACCCGACGCUGUGGAAAGCAUUGUCGGUGGAGUCAUAUCUGGAAUACUGAACCCAGGUAUUCCAACUCUGACCAGCGUACCGGGAUUGCUGCCCACAGCACCGGUUUCUAACUUGAUAGGCAACGUUGUCAGUGGCUUGUUCUCUGGCCUGCCGACCGCGGCAGUCCCAUUCCCUGAUAACUCGAACGGGCCAAACCCGCUUGCCACAGGCUUGCCAACUCAAAUUCCUGGAAACUUGGUCGACGGCUUUGUUAGCGGGCUGUUUUCGGCGCUACAGAGCCCGAUCGUCCCCCCUAUCGUGUCGAACGUGCUACCCGAGGCGUUGCCGUCUAUCUCUGCCGGAUUAGAAAGCCUUGUUGGCGGCUUGCUGUCUGACUUGAGCAAUCCAAUCAUCCCUUCUGUGGCAGUUUCGACCGUGCCCAAAUUGUUACCGACGGCAUUGCCGUCCAUCGCCCUUGGAAGCUUGGUCGAAGGAAUCAUCUCUAGCCUUGCUAGCCAGUCACUUUUGAAUGUUGAGAGUGCUAUAGGCGGCAUCCUGUCCGAAGUUGGAUCUCCGUCUAUUUUGCCUUUGCCCUCAGAGUCGCAGGUGCCCAUACCGACUCCAACAGGUCCGGAUGUGAUCGGGGGCAUCUUGAGCGGCCUGCAACCUCCAUCAGGGAUCCUAAAUGGUUUGCCGACGAUUUCGCAACCGAACAUUGGAGAUGUACUUUCCAAUCUUGCAGGGCCAGGAUCCAGCCUACUCACGAUAGUCAACACAGUGAGGCCGCCGUCGACAACUCAAGCUCCCAAUCUUAUCCAGAAUCUACUUUCAGGUUUGGCGAGUGGCCUUCCUCAGGCUCCUGAGUCUGCCCAGAAUCUACUUUCAGCAUUGGCGAGUGGGCCCCCUCUACCCGUUUCUGCUCCCCCUAAUGUCAUUGGAGACUUGCUGUCCGGUCUGGGCAGUCUCGGGCUGGGCGCGGGUCUGCCUUCACCAACUAUCGCUCCAAUCGACGUUAUUGCUAGUGAGUUGUCUGAAUUAGGCAACAUAGAAUCUGGUAUUGCCCCAAGUCGAUCCCUUGCACCGAAUGAGAUUGAGAACCUGCUUUCAGGUGUAGCCGCCGGCUUGCAAACGCCGAUUCCGCCAGGUGUGCUCAAUAGUGUCUUGGCAGGAGUAGGCAAUCUUGGAUCUGGCAUCGUACUUCCAACUUUGUUGCCCUCUAACGUCGCGGGGAGCCUGCUAUCUGGCGUGGUAGCGAAUCUGCCAGCAUCUGCUGCACCUGCGGUGUUCAACAGCAUAUUGUCAGGCCUUGCUGGCCUGGGCUCAGGCAUUGUACUUCCGACUUUGUUGCCAUCCCCCAUUGUUGAGGGCCUCUUAUCUAGCGUAGCAGUGAAGUUCCCUGCAUCUGUUCCGCCUGACGUCGUCAACAGUUUAUUGUCUGGAAUAGUCGGGUUCGGCUCUGAAAUCGCCAUUCCGACCCUUUUGCCAUCCCCAGGAAACACCAUCGCCAGUGAUAAUCGGCCCGGUGCUGCAGACAGCCUCUUGGGAAAUCUGGCAUCGAACCUAGCUCCAGGAGUGAUCCUAUCUGAUUUGGCCUCCGGUCUUGGCCUUGGUGCGCCAAGUCAACUGCCUCCGAUUAUCUCUGGAGCUGCUUCUGCCUCAAGUUCUGCUGGCGGCCGCGGUGAUGUUAUCGGGGGCCUAUUUUCCGGUUUGAUCCCUCCAGCAACCGCACUACCAAAUGACAUCUUCAGUCAGAUCCCAGGCAUUCUGCCUUCCACUCUCAUCCCUGGUGCUGUAGGAGGACUGGUAUCGAAUCUGGCAACAGAAGGAGUCUUGCCCACGAUUAUCCCAUCUGUUCUUCUACCGAGCGUUACCAACCUUGGCAAUAUUGGAGACCUUGGAGGAGUACUGUCUGGAUCGCAGCUAUUUCCACCUUUGACACUUGCUACCGGGGUCCCGGUACCUCCACAGUUUCCAAUUUCCGCUCCCAACAUUGACGUUGUGUUAUCUGACCUGCUGUCGAACAUUAAUAUCGGCUCACCGACGGUGGCAACUCUAGUCCCCUUGCCUAGCAUCGCGAAUCCUGGCAUUGUUGAAGGGUUAGUAAGCGGGAUACUCUCUGCUGUGGAACUACCAUCCGGUCUAUCUCUUCCUACGGACAUCUCGCUACCCCAAUUGACCGGUCUGCCUUCCCCAGAGGCCAGCUUGCUUCCCGGACUGCUUUCCAGCAUAUUGGCAGGUGCUUCUUCACGAGGCUCGGCAGCUCCAGUUUCUAGCAGUCCAAAUUCUGGCCCAGUUGAUAACCUAUUGAACGGGCUAUUUUCUAACGGAAGAUUGAGCUCGCUGUCGAGACCCACGUUGACGGCUGCUUCUGCUAGUCCUAGCAAUACCGGAAUCCUCAACAAUUUGGUCAGUGACCUAUUUACGAAUGUGGCUAUCCCGACGACCUUGGCGCCUCCUGACUUCUCCAAGCCAGGAGUCAUCGGUAAUCUUGUCAGCGACAUCCUUGACAACUCAGUUGUACCGCAAUCACCUUCCAUCGAUGUUCUUUCCAGUAUCAACGUUCCCGGCGUUGUCGACGGGCUACUGUCGGAUAUACAUGCACCCUCUUUUGCUGUCUCGAUACCCCAGCCAAGCAUAACAGCAGGAGAUGCUAUCGGGAGCCUUGUUGGCGAGCUGGCGUCCGGCCUUGUGAAUCCGCUGUCUCAAAUUCCUGCGCUUGCGACCCAAAUUCCGCCAAUCGAGUCUAUCGUCAGCAAUGCUCUUUCAGAUCUCUCACUGGCAGCUAUUGGCUUACCGACUGCAGUGCCUGGGAUCCCUCCAUCGACCGCUCUUGGAAGCAUUGUGGACGAGCUGGUCUCAAGCCUUGUCCAUCCCCUCACACAGAUUCCCGCGCUUGCUACCCAGCUUCCCGAGAUCGAAUCUAUCGUCAGCAAUGUUCUUUCGGGUCUCUCACUACCAGCUAUCGGCUUACCCACUGGGUUGCCCUCCGCAACGAAUGUUCUGGAGAGCGUUGUGGACGACGUUGUCUCAGACCUCGGAAGCCCAGUUUUGUCCUUGUCACUUCCCACUAUCAGUCUCACUGCCGUGGAUGGCCUUGUCAGCAACCUGAUCUCAGGGUUGGCUAUACCUACAGCUCUAUUUUCGAACGUUCACAACCUGAUUUCAUCCGUCACGCCUGCGCAUCCAAGUGACAUUCUUGGCGGGCUGAUAUCGAACCUUGGUCCUGAUGGUACAUCCUUGCCAACGCCGUCCGUCUCCUUCCCUGCGUUGUCAGGCGUUGAAGAUAUUGUCAGUGAUGUGGUUGGAGGCCUGCCUUCGGACUUGGGGGCACUGGUGCCUUCCGUUUCAGUUGCGCUCCCUUCUGUUGCGCUCCCUUCUGUUGCGCUCCCUUCUGUUGCGCUCCCUUCUGUUGCGCUCCCUUCUGUUGCGCUCCCUUCUGUUGCGCUCCCUUCAGUCGUGUUCCCUUCAGUCGUGCUCCCUCCAGUUGCGGUUCCGUCGAUCGCGCUACCUUCGGUGCCUCAACCGUCGCUUUCGCUACCGGGCCUCCCUGGCGACCUUGUCGACAACCUCUUAUCUGGUCUCACAAGAACUACCCGCCGCUCUCCCGUCGCCACUGGAUCACAGUCACCUACUGCUACGAGGAGUGCAGAUAUCGUGGACGAAAUCGUAGAUGGCAUAAUGAACGGCCUAGGAUCCGGCGGCCCAUCUACAGAAACCAAUACUCCAUCAGGAAGCUCGACCCGACGUUCAGAUCUUAUAGGCGGACUUAUCUCUGGACUUGAGUCUGGCCUUGUCCAGGCCACGACAGUGCGACCUAUCACGACCCGCAUCAAUGCUGUUGACAGCGUGGUCGCCGGCUUCAUUUCCGGACUGGCCAACUCAGGGGCAUCAUUUGCCCUGAUCGACAACCUAGUUUCAAAUGUAUUUGCAGGUGUCACUUCGCCAACAGCAGCCCCAGAGUCAUUGACGGGAUUGCCGUCCAACAUUGCCAGUAGCUUAUUAGACAACGCCCUGUCAGGACUCAGUGCCAUAUCAGUACCAGCACUCAUACCUACCCAAAAUUCCUUCUUACAAACAAUACGCCCUACGAUUUCACCUGUUCUCACGCCUGUUCUUCCGCUAUCUCUGCCAGAAGCAACUGGGCUCGAAUCUUCUGCGCUGCCUCCUAUCAUAAACAUACCCAUAUCGAUACCUUCUUUGCCAGUUGGUCAGCUUCCUUCGGACCUUGGACUAGGUGCGCUUGCUUCUAACAUCGUUCCUGCUCCUCCAACAUUGCCAGGGAACCCAGUUGGCGCUUUAUCAUCCAACAUCAGUCUCGGGAAUGCGGGCUCUACUGGCACGAGACAACCGCAGACUACGCAAAUACCUGCUCCGUUGAUCGACGCGAGUAUAUCUUUGGGUUUACUCGAAGGAUUAUGUCCAGGGCCCUCAUGUCGUACAGCAACUCAGAGUGCUCCUCUCAUAGAUUUGGGUCUAUCCUUGGGUGUCCUGGAGGGUUUGUGUUCAGGCCCGUCAUGCCGCUCCGAGCCUGCCCCAGCCACGGUGAGGGCUACCUUGACACAACCACCUACGACCUUUAUCACGUCAAGAAGGUCAAAUCAGCCUCCUCUGAUAGAUGCCAGCGUGAACUUGGGCCUACUUGAAGGCUUGUGUCCUACUUGCUCUGCAACAGGGGCCCCUCCCUUGAUUAAUCUGGACUUGAGCUUGGGGCUAUUGGAAGGGCUAUGUCCAGGGCCGUCAUGCCGUCUGCAGUCCACGCUUGCAGUAUCAUAUGUCACUUCUACUUCGUCACCGAGGCCUGAUACUGCACCCAGUGCCGGGAAUUUGGUUGGCGGCUUACUCAGUGCUAUUGGACUUGGUGGUGCUGCUUCAUCAAGAGCGACCGGGCCCACUCCCAGCAAUAGGCCCUCUUUGUCCCCUAUUCCUGGCGGCGGUGACUUGCUUGGUAACCUUCUCUCCGACCUUGGAAUUGGUGGGAACGCUGCAUCUUCUCUGCGAUUACCAGCUUCUUCCAUUGUUUUAACACAAGCUGCGCCAGUCUCAAGUAAUUUGCCCGACAACGUACUUGGCACUCUGCUUUCGAAUCUCGGUGUAGGCGGCCCUGGUUCUACCCUUCAGCUUUCAGGCCUCUCAUCAACGAGCACUCUCCCACCCAAUGCUCUUGAAAAUCUGUUGUCGGGGCUUGGAAGUCUACCCGGCCCUACAAUUCUUCCGGAGAAUGUGGUCGGAAGCUUGUUUUCUGCUAUCGGAACAAUAACGACGCCAACAGGUCUUCCGGCUGAUGUAUUACAGGGCAUCUCCUCUGUUAUCGGCGCGUUACCCAGUCCGACAGUCCUAUCUCCCAACAUCAUUAACAGCUUGGUCUCGUUCCUCGGGGCCGUGCCAACCCUAACAGGUGUACCGACUAAUAUUGCACAGAACCUCUUAUCUGCAAUCGACAGCCUAACAAUGCCACCUGGCCUCUCUUCUAAUGUUCUGGGAAACCUUGAUUCUGCUCUGGGGAGUGUACCGAAUGCGGUUCCAACAUUUGUCCCGGACAUUCUUAGUGACCUCCAGUCUAAACUCGGUGGCAGUCCACCGCUUCCCACUGCUUCCAUUAGUCAAACUGAUUUCCUGAGCACUUUACUGUCAGAUCUUGGGCUUCUUACGGGAACACCUAUCGUCACUGGAUCUGUUCGUCCGGAGAUAACGAGUGCUUUCAACGCCCUAGACAGUCUCUUCUCGAGCCUUGCUAGUGGAGACCUGCUGUCUACGCCUACUAGGUCUUCGUUGGACUUUGCGAGCAAUGCACCCGAUCUGCUGAGCGGUGCGCUUUCCAAUAUUGCAGCCAUCCUUCCUUCACUUACUGGUCUUCCGCCUCUAGGGCAGACCCCCAGCGUUGACUUGGUCAGUGGAGUGCUCUCAGGUCUAGCUUCACAACUCAGCAGGUCUACGAAAGCGGCAGCAAGUGCUGGAAACGUACCAACGAACAUUCCUGUCGAUCCUUUUGGUGGUCUGACUUCAAAUCUUGGGGACAUUCUUGGCCGACCAACCUCAGCAGCUUCCGGUUUGCUUCCUCCACCGACCAGUGCGCCAAAUCUGAUUGACGACCUGCUGUCAAACUUGGGGGCUAGUCAACUUUCUUCACCAACUCAAAGUCUUCCUGGAUUUCCCAUUCCACCCAAUGUUCCAGCGGAGUUGCUCAGUGCCUUAAUCUCUAAUGUCGGACCUUUACCCGCUCAGCCGACUCGCACUCUUCCUGGCCUUCCCAGCCCACCUAAUAUUCCAGCGGAACUGCUCAGCGCACUACUAUCUAACAUCGGAACGCUACCUGCACAACCGACGCCUUCGCUCAAGGCGGGCACCACCCCAUCUAUUCCUUUUUUAGGUGGGACUUUUUCCGGGCUUGGUACCUUGCCUGGAGUAGCGUUACCUACGGUAUCGUUGGGCUCGAUUCUCCCAACCCCAGCCAAUCCACUUGAUCUUGGCAGCUCUUUUUUAGGUGGGGUCCUCUCCGGGCUUGGUACCUUGCUUGGGGUGACGUCUCCUUCGAUAUCGUUGAGCUCGAGCCCAGCAGGACUUAGCGACCUUUUGACGGGCCUCGGCAAUAUCAUACCAGCACCCCAGACGACCUCCAGGACCCCGAGUGAAGUAGCAGCUGUCUCCUCCUCUAGAGCUCCCUCUUCCAAUCUGGUGAACAAUUUGCUCUCCACUCUUGGUGUCGGAUCUAGACCAACUACGACAGCUGCCGCCGAGUCUUCCGCUACCAUCGAUGAGGGCAAUUCUAAUGCAUUGGGUUCAUUGCUGUCAGGAGCUGAAGAAGCCUUGCAAUCUGUAACGUCCAGCCGGGGCAGUCCACGUGCAAGUGGUGUCAUCAUACCACCACAGUCCACCCCACAGACUACCAACAGAGCUCCUCUCAAUCCUAGUGACGUCUUCAGCAUCCUCCCUGUAUUCGGGUCGUCUUCAGACUUGAACAGUCCGCGCACGCUCCAAACUUCAAUCAUCACAAGCCCUUCGAACGCUGUCUUCAUUUCAUGCGCGCCAGUGCCGCAACCGUUACUCAAUGUGGGCGGUCUACUCAACGGAUUACUCGGCGGUCAAACACCAGCACCUACGCUGACCACUUGUGUUACUAUCAUCAAUCGGCCUUCCACUGUGCUCCCGACACCUCUAACUCGCGCCUCUGGCGCUCAAUCGGUCGUCGACCUUUCUCUAGGAUUAACAGACUCGGAUCUCCGUCUCCCGUCAUACCCGCCAAUUCCAUUCCAGUCGAUGUAG